AUGGUGAAAACUGUGGUUCCUGCUGAUGCAAUUGUUGUCGAAGUUCUUAACAAAGAUAACUAUGAGCAUUGGAGUGCAUUGGUUAAAAAUUAUUUGGUGGCUCAAGACCUUUGGGAAGUAGUAGAGGCUACAGCUGAACCUCCUACACCAGAACAAGAAGCAGAAGCUGAUGAUCAGUUCAAGACCUGGAGGAAGAAGAAUGCAACAGCUUUACAUACGAUCCAAGUUUCGUGCGGGCCUGAUGCUUUUUCGAUGAUUAAAGAGAUCAGUUCAGCCAAAAUUGCUUGGGAAACUUUGGCCGAAAAGCAUAUGCCGCAACCAUCACUCCUAAUUAAUUCAUUUGUUCAGUCUGCAAACUCAUCAUCCAACCCAGAUGCUGCAAUUGCUGCCGAGCAUGAUCCGUAUCAACCUUUCUUCGCUGCUGUUAAGCUCGGUGAUUGGCGUAAAGCGAAGGAAUUUCUUACCCGAGAUCCCAAUGCAAUAAGAGUAAGAUCUUCAACAGGAGGGACAGCUCUUCACAUUGCAACCAAGUUCGGACAUGAGCAUAUUGUGGAAGAGUUGGUUCAGUUGAUGACACCGGAAGACUUGGAAAUGCAAGAGCAUACUUGGACAGCUCUUCAUUUUGCUGCAAGAUUAAAUUUCAAAAUGGUUGAAUGCAUGGUUAGAAAGAACAAGAAACUACUUGGCAUUGCUGAAGAGUCCAACGGUCUGACGCCAAUUCUCUUCGCUGCUCGGUUUGACUUAUGGGAUAUCGUUCGUUAUCUCUACUCCCUCACUCCGAUCCAAGACUUAAUGCCAGAGAAUGGCCCUUAUGGAGCUGCGCUUGUUUGCUUGUGUUUACUAGCCAAACAAUUUGAUAUUGCCUGGGAAUUACUUCAGCGUUGCCCACGAUUGGUAAUUACUAAAGAUGUUUGGGGAGUGUCCCCUAUACGUGCAUUGGCUGAUAUACCUUCUGCAUUUCCGAGUGGGACGCCACUCAAAUUCUGGGAAAAGUGGAUCUAUGAUGGCAUACACAUACAACAUCCUCCUGCAAUCCAUGAUGUUCACGUAAAUGUUGAAAAUCUAGAAGAGAAACUGGGCAACCAAAAUAUCAGUUCUUCAGUCUUCGGUUUAACGCAAGGGCCUUCUUCAAGCCUCCGCAAGCUUUUAGGAAUCAACCGCAUAUGUGAAAUGAAAUUGAUCCAUGCUCGAUCCCUCUAUAUUUUGGAUUACAUGUGUGAAGUGUUAAAACAUCUAGACACUCAAGACAUGGAAGAUGGCCUUGUCUAUUCAGCAAUAUUCGGAGCUAUACGAAGUGGGAUUAUUGAGUUCGUUAUUCGUUUAUGUAAAGUAGAUCCUGAUAUAUUGUGGCGGGCCAAUUCAAUGAGAAGGAACAUAUUUCAAUAUUCAGUUGAGCGUCGCCAGGAAAAAGUAUAUAGCCUCAUAUAUGGGGUUGGUCAAAGAAAUCUUAUUGCAACAUUUGCAGAUGCUUCUGGAAAUGAUAUGCUACAUCUUGCAGGGAUGCUAUCUCCAACUGAAAAACUUGAUCGUAUUUCAGGUGCAGCCUUGCAAAUGCAGAGAGAAAGACAAUGGUUCAAGGAGGUGAAAAGUCUUGUAGUUUUACCCUCAGGAGUGGGAGCUUUCAAUAAACAGGGUAUGAGACCCCAUGAAGUAUUUACCCAGAACCAUAAUAAAUUGAAGGAAGAAGGAGAAAAGUGGAUGAAAGAUACAGCAACCUCUUGUACAGUUGUAGGUGCUCUCACUAUUACCAUCAUGUUUGCUGCAGCCUUCACGGUGCCUGGUGGAAACAAUGGAGGAACAGGCUUUCCCUUGUUCUUAGAUGAAAAGAUGUUUAUGGUUUUUAUAGUUUCAGAUGCUAUAUCACUCUUUUCUUCCACAACUUCAGUGUUAAUGUUUUUGGGAAUCCUUACAUCACGAUAUGCAGAAGACGAUUUCCUAAAAUCCUUACCCACAAAGAUGAUAAUCGGCCUUUCAACACUCUUGAUCUCCAUCGCUUCCAUGAUGGUUGCCUUUUGUUCUGCUCUUUUCCUUAUGCUUCAUGAAAGACUAUGGAUUGUCAUUCCAAUCAUUUUCCUCGCCAGCGUUCCAGUCACCUUAUUUAUUUGGAUGCAAUUUCCCCUUCUUGUUGAAAUUUUCAUUUCUACAUAUGGAGGAGGGAUAUUUGACAAGAAAGUGAGACGGUGGAUAUAA